ACAAGCUAGCAAGCUAGAAAUGAAUAUGAAGCUGGAUCGAUCGGUAGUAGCUAGCUAGCUGAAUUCGAUUCGAUCGGUGCCGGUGCCGGUGCCGGUGGUAGAUCAUCGGACGAUGUAUAGCCGGCGGCGGGCGUGGCCGCCGGCCGCAGGAGAGCGGCAUCUGAGCAACACGCUGGUCGGGCUCCUCAACCUCAUCACGCUUGUCGCCUCCGUCCCCAUCAUCGGCGCAGGCCUCUGGCUGCAGGCUCACGCCGGCUCCUCGCCCUGCGGCUCCGUGCUGCAGGCUCCGCUCCUCGCCAUCGGCUUCGUCACCCUCCUCGUCUCCCUGGCUGGCUUCCUCGGCUCCUGCUAUCAUGUCCCCUCCGCGCUCUGGCUCUACCUCGCCGCGCUGCUGCUCCUCGUGCUGGCCCUGCUCGGGAUCACCGUCUUCGGCCUGGCCGUCACCGCGGGAGGCGGCGGCACUCAGGUUCCCGGCAGGCCCUACCGUGAGUUCCGCCUCUCCGACUACUCGCCGUGGCUGCAGCGCCACGUGCAGGCGGAGCGGUACUGGCGACCGGCGCUGGCCUGCGUGCUGGGUGCCAGGGCGUGCGACCGCGUCGCCGCCUGGACGCCCCUCGACUACCUCAGCCAUGACCUCACGCCCAUACAGUCCGGCUGCUGCAAACCGCCGACGUCGUGCACCUACGGCCAGCAGGAGGCCCAGCAGCAGGAGCCGGACUGCUACCGGUGGAGCAACUCCCCCGGCGUGUUGUGCUAUGGCUGCGACUCCUGCAAGGCGGGCGUCCUGGAGCAGCUGCGUCGCCAUUGGCACAACAUCACCAUCCUCAACGUCGUCCUCCUCCUGCUUCUCAUCGCCGUCUAUUCCUGCGCCUGCUGCGCCUUCCGUAACGCCGCCACCGCCAUGCCCGCCUCCAAGAUCUUCCAUCUCCAUCCGCGCUGGUCAAGGUGGUGGCAUGGACGAAGCUAGACAAUACACCGUACUAGCUAGCUAGCUAGUCAAAGGAUAUUUUAGCUAUAGCUUAAUUACCUAUGCCUGCAGCAGACUACGUACCUACUUAGAUUAGCUAGGGACCCUGUUAAUUAUUAGUAGUUCUCAGUGUCUCAGCAAGUAAAUUUGUUCAUGAGGAUAUACACCUGCUUUUUUGGUUGAGAGAA